CCUAAACAAGCUACAUACAUAUCCAACUGUCCCUCCCGCCCGCCACGCCACUACCCGUUGUCGCGGCUGGUCUGUUUCUAUUGUACGCUUCCGGCUUCCCAUCGACCGUUGUACGCUUUCCCCCCUCCACUCCUCGAGCCCGGACCAGCACGUGUGCGCCUUACUCCCCCUUGUCGGACGCACCGCAUACCACCAGCAUCAUACCCGUCUUCCUCCCUGGGCGAUCCGCGAAGAGCUGAACGAGAACAGCGCCACACGCCUGCACGCCCGGAUCACAGGACCGACCCAGACCACACCCCGAGGCAGUCUUUGUCUCUGGUCUUUGGCAAACCCCUCCCCGACUCUGGCCCUCCGCUAUCAUUUCUAUCUUUACUGGCUGUUUUUGUUCUUGUUGACGAAACGAGACCUGGCAUGCUGUAGCUUGUCCUCGCCUCCUGAAGCAGGGUUUGGGAUAUACGUCUGAAGCAGGGCGGAGAAAGAGAAGGCUCAAAGCAAAGGCGGAAAGAGAGAGUGUGCGUGGCAGCUGCGCCCGCCUGUCGACCUUUUUAUCCGGCGUGCAUAUCUAGUGGGCAUCGCCCGGACCUGGCCAGUCUCUUGAAAGGCACCGCGUCCCCAUAUCAUAUCCAACGUCCGUUAGCUGCACUUUUGCCCGGCUCGUUCAGACGACAAACCCCACCGACAAACAAACGAACCAGACUUGGGACGAAGGGCCAUCUGUGCCAGUUCGCCCAGCAAAAACACCAACAAAGGCAGGGCUGCGCCGAGAGCCACCAAAGCCGUGGCUCCCUUCACCGUGCCUCCUCCUCCAACAACACCGCCGGGACAUGACAGUUCCUGUUUCCCCCAACGCACCAUAACACCGCUCUCAAUGGGGAUUCUAACCUGCCUCGACUCCCGACCUCGCCUGGCCUUCCCGGGCACGCCGCCAGAGCUGGUGAGCCCGAGCUCGUCGACCUACUCCUCGAGACCGUCCGAGGCCGCUCUGCCGUCACCACCACCCAUGUCCAGCUAUGAGCAGCCGACGGCCGAGCUGCUUCGCGGGAAGAGCCCCGAGGACUCGAGGCAAUCUCCCCGGGAGCAGCAGCAGCGGCAGCAGCAGCAGCAGCAGCAACUACCGCAGCCGCCCCAACAACAACAACAACCACAGCAGCAGGAGCGUCAAGUGCUCCCGCCCCUAAGCAGCAUUCUAACCCUCACCCAGGACGGACGGCCCCUGCACUCGCCCGUGUCCGAGGGCCGCCGCGCCUACUCGGCCACCGCGUCCCCGCUGGAUAGGCCACACACCUCCAGCGCGUCCUCGUCGUCCUACUUCCCCUCCUCGGCCGCCACCGCCGCCGCCGCCGCCGCCGCCCCGCUGCCGCGCCUUAGGGCGGGGCCGUUCGAGCCGAGGUUAGACGAGCGGCCGUCGCUCUUCCAGCCGCUGUCGAGGGAUCCGUUCCCGCGCCCGCCGCUGUCGCCCCAGUCCCGCGACGGGGAGCCCACGCAUCAGCAGCAGCAGCAGCAGUACCGGCCAUCGUCCGCGGCCGACAGGGGCUCAGACUACGGCCCGCCGCCGCCGCUGCCCGCUCUGCACCAACGGGGCGAGUACUCGCCGCACUCGGGCCGGGCGCAGUUGGAGCGGUACCCGGCGCCGCUGACGGGCGUCAAGCGGGAGGCGGACCAGAUGAGCGGCCACCACCAUCACCACCACCACUACCAGCAGCAGCAGCACACCCAGCAGCUUCAGCGCGCCCCGUCCAUCCACCACCACCACCACCACGCCGCGCCGCCUCCUCCUCCUCCGCCGACUCCUCCCGCGGGCGCCAUGGUGGUGGUGGUAGCGUCGUCGUCGUCGUCGUCGUCGUCGUCGAGCGAGGGCGGCAUGCCGUCCAAGGACGGGCUGGGCCCCAAGAUCUGGACGGGCACGCACUUCCUGCCGCGGUUCGUGCGCGCGGCCGAGGUGCCCGGCGAGGGCACGUGCUACUUCUACGACGACGGCAGCCACUGCAAGGCCGUCAUCGACGGCGAGCAGGUCAACGCGCACUGGGGCGUCACAAAGGCCGGCAAGCCCCGCAAGCGGCUGGCCAUCGCGUGCAUCACCUGCAGGGAGAAGAAGAUCAAGUGCGACCCGGACUACCCGCGCUGCGUGCAGUGCGAGAAGUUUGGGCGCAUGGACGAGUCGAGGCGCCUGGGCGGCAGCAUGGUGAGGCCGCCGCCCGUCAUGGACGGGCCCCGGCCGGGCAGCAACUCGAGCGCCUCGGUCUCGCCGCGGACCGUGCUGAGGCCCGCGUCGCCCGACAUGAUGAACCCGACCCCCGCCAAGCGCCCGCGCCUCGGCGGCUUCGGCGACCACGGCUACAGCCACCACAGCCACCAGCAGCAGCAGCCCCAAGCGCCGCCCUCGUACUCGCACUACACCCACGCGCCCCAGCAGCACCCGCCGUCGCCCUACUCGCACCACCCUUACCCGCCGCCGCCCCAGCAGCAGCAGCAGCAGCACCAGGCCGAGAGGCGGCGGUCGCCCGUCAUGCUCCCCCUGCCGCUGCCCGUGCCGCAGCUCCAGCGCGACCCGAGGGACGGCGGCGGCGCAAAGCCCGACUGGCACCAUCGCCAGCACCAGCAGCGGCACGACCUCCCCCGCAUCCACGAUGACCCCCGCCGCGGCUGGCAAACAGACUCGUAUGUGCACGACCCUCAGCCCCGCAUCCAGCACCCACACCAGCACCAGCACCAGCACACGUAUCACCACCGGCACAGCCACCAUGACAACAUCCCCCGCUCGCCCGCGUCGCAUGAGCUGCCCCCGCUCUCCGCCUCGGCGGCCCCCGCGCGCGACGGCCGUCAGGGCCUGGACGCGCCCGUGGUCGGCGGUGGUGGUGGUGUGGAUGGGCAGGCCCAGCGGCCGCACCGUCACUCCCACUAGACAGAGGGAAUCUUGGAAGCAAGGCGAGAAUUAAAAAGGCUCACAAAACGCGAAUCCAAAAGAUACGAAUCCAGAAGACUCGAUGCUCGCGCAUAGCGGACCUGGCCUGGACGCUCCCGAAGAAUUCUGUUCCCAAAACAGUGGCUUGGAGAAGAGCCUACGAGAAACAAUAAGAAAAAAAUCACGAAACAAAAAAAAAUCCGAACAAGACGCGACGUCAAUGGACGACCUCGGCGACGAACUGGGGCUUCCUCUCUGAUCUCUCACAACGUCUCCGAAACGGGCAACCGCCCCCUCUCCUCAUUUCCUUACCAUCUUGUCUCCAUUGUUCUCUAUCAUGCGAAGCAUUUAUGCCUUUUUGGCCACAAAAAAGGGUGGAUUGCAUUCAUCCCGGCGUUGGUUUACUAUUUUAUGCCUGGAACUAUUUUCUCUCUGUUUCCCGUCUUCGUUUCCCUGUCGAUAUUUAUCACGUCACUAUUUCUUUACACGGUUAAUGAGGCGACAGCGUAGGGAUGGCACCCCUGAGUCUUGGGGGGACCGGGCGAGACUUUGUGGGAAUCGGGCGGGCGUCUUUGUGGGAAGGGAAUGGGACGGAGAUGGCAUGUUUUUUUUAUUUAUUUUUUAUCUCUCUCUUUUUCUCUGACUUUUCUUCCACUGCGGACGGAUUCCACAUGGAGCGGUGGGCGGCUCAUGCCUACCUGGUGUCUGUGUAAUAUUUAGUAUAUAUAUAUAUACCCUGUACAUUAGCAAACCACCCGCAGCUGCGGCGAACGACAGCAUGGCGCUUUGAACAUCAUCUUGUUCCCCCC